AUGCCUAUAUCCGAGAUGCAGACUCGCGUUUUUGUUGCGGCUCUCAAUGGAAAAAUCAAACUUCCUCCCAAAGAAAAGAUGGAGAGCGAUAUAAAGCGAAAGCAUGAGAGGAUGGCUAAAGAGUUUAUUCCAAGUAGGAGACACACAAUUCAGGUCUAUUACGUCGAAAUUAUGGAAGAGAUGGCUCAUCUACUAGGAUGUAGUCCCUCGGUAUUUUGGCGUUUCUUCUACGAUCCACGGCUUGCAAAUGCUCUCUAUUUCCAUGGACUCGUACCAUACCAGUACAGGUUGCAGGGACUCCAUUCGUGGCCUGGAGCACGUGAGGCUAUUCUCUCGUUCGAAGACCGUGUAUUCAACGCUACGCGCACGCGACGCACAAAAGAGACCCUAAGCAGCAGAACCGCCUAUAAAAAUGUUUCAAUUUUUGCGUCUCAU